AUCGUUCUCAAUGUACGCUUACAGUAUUAUCAUCUAUGCAAACUUGGCUGUAAUGACGCGAUAAAAACUAGCACCGCCUUUUAUGUCUACAUUGAAAUAUGCGAAGUGAAGCGAUACUGGGAUGUCAAAUACAAGUAUAACGAAGAACUUGACGUAAUCUAUUUCGAAGUGAAGAAAAGAGAGAAUUCUCAGCCAGAGAUCUAUGUACCUUGGCCAACAAAGUAUAACAUCUGUUUAAACAAAAUUGAGAAAAUGCAAAAAUUAUUGCAAAAUGAACGGUUGACAUUUGUAUUUAAAUCGGAAGACAGUAGUAGUGUUUUCUAUACAGUAACCACUGGCCUUUCGAAACCAGCUACACCAGAAACAAGUAAACAACAAAAAGAAAAAGCUGAAAAGAUACUAAACCUCGAAAGUGAAAUCCGAAGAAAUAUAUCAAACUUAUAUGAAUUAGCAAAGACUUCAG